ACUUGGCCCGCUCUGCUGCCGCUGAGCCGGUCAGGUUUUGUGUGCUGGGUUGCGCGGCCUGUUUGGGCCCUUGUUGAUUUUGGGGAUUGUUGUUUCCCUGUCUAUGAAUGGCCUGUUGGUGCUGAAAUCAUAGCAGAAAGCGCUGGAAUUAUCCAACAGGUCCGUGCAGCGAGAAAUAUGAGUUCACGUUUCAGAUCAGUGAUCUUUUCAUCAGUUGAGACCGGAGCGAAUCCGGUUCAAUACACGCAGGCAUAUUUUUGAGAAAAUUAAAAUACUGCACGUACUGGACAGCUGAAAACAAAAUCUGGAGACAUUCAUACCAGGCAGAAUUUGAAGAAACAAAAGUUAGUCGAGAUUUCAGGUGCACGACUGUUUCUCAGGACCGAAAGGUAUUAAAGAUGAACCGAGCAGCAAGUAGGGAAAAAAAUGCACAUGUAAAAAAUUGUGAAGUGCUUGGACGGAGAACCAGGAGAUGGUUAAGUAGCCGAAGUGGUGUUAGCAAGAGACGUAGGAAGCACACAGUGUUGUUUCCCCAAUGUAGGGGAACUCACAUUAUGAACAGCUAAUACAGUGUACUGAAAAAAAACACUGCAGAUGCUGGAAACCUGAAAUAAAAACAGAAAAUGCUGGAAAAAGUCAGCAGGUCUGGCAGCGUCUGUGGAGAGAGAAACCGAGUUAACGUUUGGAGCCUGUGUGACUUUUCUUCAGAACUGAAUAUAUUGCAAUAGGGUAAACCAAGAUGACUAAGAAGAGAAAGCGUCAAGAUGACUUUCAAAAAGUGAAGCUAAAAGUUGGCAAAAGGAAACCUAAAGCAGACAAUGCAACCAACACCAGCUUCAAAACUCGUGCCAUCUAUGUUCCAGAACAACUGAAGUGUGAUGCAUCACUGCCAACAAAUCACCGCAAACUUAACAUAAAGGAUCUGCUGACACAGUUGCACCAUUAUAGUUCAGGCAUCAAACAGAGUGCUCUAAUUGGCCUUAAAGAUCUUGUAUCCCAACAUCCAUCAGUAAUUGCAUCUCAUCUUUCCAGUAUUCUCAGUGAUGUAGCAGCUGUGUUCACAGACAAAGACCCUACAGUCAGAUCAGCAGCUGUUCAACUUUUGAACUUUCUUGCUCCUAGAAUUUCUGGUGAUCAAAUGGCUCCUUUUUAUCCUUUGGUUUGUGCACACCUUUCCAGUGCAAUGACUCACAUAGUGGAAGGGAUACAAGAGGAUGCCUUGAAGAUCUUAGAUAUUUUGUUGGAGCAUUAUCCUGAACUUCUUACAGACCAUAGCAGCAUCCUACUGAAGAAUUUUCUGGAGCUCAUUUCACAUCAGAGAUUGUCAAAGGACUUGAAAACAGGAGGAAAGAUGUCUUCCUGGAUGCUUUCCGUCAACCCAAACCGCCGGAUUACUUCUCAGCAAUGGCGACUUAAUGUACUGAGUAGGUUAAGAAAAUUCCUGCAGGCAAUUGUUGAGGGUUCAAGCCAGUCUGUGGAGAAUGAAGCUAUUUUUGAGAGUGACGACAGGAUCAGGUCUGAACAUGUGACCACGUUGCAGGUCAACUGGGAGAAUUAUGUAACUGGACAGCAGCACAUACAGUUGUAUGAGCACUCUGGAUCCCAACCCAGUACCGUGAUUCCAUUCAAACUAAGACCUUCACUUAAUGCCGAAGAAACUUUGUCCUCCUUGGAGAAUCUGAAAGGCUUCAUUCAGAUACUAGUGCCCCUUCUAUUGGAGUGUUGGGUGGAAACCUCUCCUGCUCAGCUUACUAGCCCUACACCAAGUAAUCUACUUGAACCAGAAGCCAUGAUGCUUAAAUUGCAGGUUCUCGGCAUCAUCCAAUUGUUGUGGAAACUAAUGCAACACCAGGAUGAGACUCAGAAACUGGAAUCCUGGCUGAGGAAUCACUAUCUCUGUGAUUUUAAAGAUCAGUUCUUAAAACAUUUUCCUUAUUCUGUGUUAGAGACAGCCAGACAUAAAAAGAAAGAUGGGGCUAAAAAGGACAAACAAGCAGCAGCAUUCAUGAACAGUGCAGACCAUCCUCUUGCAUUGAAUCUUGCUUUGUGUCAGGUCAUGGUGUCACUUACCAAUGCUUUAACUGUCCAUCUGGAUACUGACUGGUUAGAGCAAAUUCGAAAAUUUGUCACAGAAAGCUUGUCAGAUGGCAGGAAGUUGACCUCUCAGCAACUGAAUGGGAUGCUGAUGUUGGUGUGGAGACUUGUACUUGUACAGUGCAACAGAGGUUCCACAGAGGAAUUGCUGAGGGCAGUUUAUGCACAGUACCAGCAGCAGGGUCUUUCCCUUUCAGUUCGCACUAUGUUGCUUAAUUUCUUUAGUGGACUUUAUCUGAGAGAGAAAACAUCCAACCUUCAGAUUGCUAGAAGCAAAGUGCUGUCUCGUUGGCUAGCUGGGCUGCCAUUACAGCUGGCUCAGCUUGGUUCAAGGAAUCCACUUCUCUCAGCACAACUUAUUGAUGUGAUACAUGUGGCAGCUGCCCGUUCAAACAAAGAGCUACUUCAGAGCCUUCAAAGUAAUGUGUACAGGUUGUAUGAUCCACAAGAUGGCACUCUGGUCCUUCUUCCAACCGGAACACAGCAUUCUUUGGUGCAGCUUGUGUAUUUUUUACCAUUUAUUUCAUCAGAGUUAUUGUCUUGCCUAAGUCGUUGCUGCACUAUGGGAAGAUUGUCCUCCAAACUAGCCAUUAGUCUUAUCCGGAUACUACAUACGAGGUCAUCUUUUGGUGGAUGGACUACUUCACUUCCAGAAAGUCUAGUCAAUGACGUGGAUUACUUCAGUUUUCUGUUUUCUACGCUGACAGGAUUCUCAGGAGAAGAAUUGACUUGGCUCCAGAACAGCAGCAGUAAUCCUCAUAUAAGCCAGUCCCAGUUUUCAUCUGUGCGCCUUUAUGUAACUGAUCUUGACCAGUUUGUGCAUCACUGGGCCUUGACUGAGGUGGUAUGCCAAUGUUUAUCAGCCAUACCUUCCAGAAUCCAGUGCUGUGACAUCUUACAAAGCGCCAUCUGUAAACACCUGGUUAACGUUCAUCUCUUACCAGACAGCACUGCAGGGUCAAUCUUAAAAGCUGUUGGCCAACUCAUAGAUCCAGCUUUUAUUCCCAAUGAGUGUUUGUUGAAUUUCCUUGCUGGGUGUUGCUAUAGCCUCCUUUACUUCAUACUAACUUUGGAAAGAAACAGCAGAGGAAAUGCACAGAAGAGAGAAUUGCUGUGGGGAUCAUGCCUUGCUGCAUUGGUCCGCAUCCCCCGCUUGCUGCGACUGAUGCUGCAGAGUCUGCAAGUAAAUGGCACCUGCCAGGAGGAACUUCCUGUUGUUGCGCAGAUCCUUCGCCUUCUGCUUCAGCAAGCACAGCUUAGGCAGCACAUGGUAGUAAAUGCAGCACUGGUGCAACAGGUCAUACAGGAUAUCACGAACUUCAAGACUGAAGAUUUCCAAGAGCAAUGGUUAAUCGACCUUCAUUACUGCUUCAGAAUCUACCUUACAACACAGCACAGAAGUUCAGCUAAUUUUCCAGUUACCUUUUAAAAUGAAAGAAAUCCAGCAAAAUAAUGAUACCCACUCUUUAAAAAGUGCUACAUCAGAGAACAAUUAGAUAUGGUGGAUUUGCAGCUCCAUAAAUGUAGAACUGAGUUUACAAACCUAUAAAAUAAGAUGAAAGCACUGUAUGCUCAGAUAUUCCUCGGGAUAGGUAUCUUUAGCUUGAAAUCCAUAGAGAUAACAGUGCUUCAUUUGUUGUAUAAUGGAGAUUAGACAUAUUCAUUGGUUCUGAGUGAUGUAGCAUAUCUCAAGAAUAAUACAUUCCUUAUUCUGUUGGAUAACUUCCUGAAAGUAUGAAUGGGGAGCAUUCUACACAACAUAUUCACAGGAAAUUUCUGUUUGCAAUAAUAUUUCAAGGUUGUGCUCAGUGAAAGUGGAAAGAUUUUAAUAAACAUGUAGAAAUAUCUUUUUAUUGCAGUUUCUUGAACCAAUUGCACGUGUGCCUAAAAACGUCCUAUAGCUAUGUCAAAUUUGCUUUUGUUUCCCUGACCAAAGUCAUUUUCACCGCAAUCCAUUUAUAUCUUUGUGGUGACAGAAAUACUCCCUGCCCUUUUUUUUUUGUAAAAGUGCAACUUAAUUCUUUCCUAAAUUUCCAAGUUUGAAUCUUAAUUAUGUAUCCUUUCACCUAUCAAUCUACAUGACUCAUCACAGCUCCUCUUUAAGGGCAAGAUAUUUACAUGUUUUUGUUUGCGAUCAUUUAUUUUGUUACACCAAUAAACAAUUUGAAUAAAAGUCUUUAUUGAAAA